AUGGCUACCCCUGCUGAAAUUAUCGCUGCCCGUGUCAAUGGCACGUAUGUUUCUGAGCCUUAUCAAGAGUCUGUUACACCUGUUUCCGAAACCACCGCCUCGACUGACAGCCCUCGUUCCUUGAAUGACGAAUCGGCUUUCCCGGUAUUAGGUGGCCUGUCCAAGGCAUCUUCUCCUGCUGCUAUUUCUAGCUCCGCUUCCUCCUGGGGUCCCAACUCUACUGGAUCCGUUUCCGCUCCCGUGUCUGCGCCUUCUUCCUCGGGCUCGGCCCCCAAAAAGAGAUCCUCUGGUAUUGUGCAAGAGGCCUUUUCCUUGGACGCCGAAGACCAAUUGAACGUGGCCCGUCCCAACUUCAUCAAGAUCAUGACCUCCAUUAAGACUAACACUGCCACGAACAUCGAGUGUACCACUUCGCAACACACCAAGAAAAGAACAUUUUUGAUCACAGGUAAACGUGCGGACGUCAAACAAGCCAAACGUCUUGUUAUCCAGAAAUUGACCAAGCCUACUUCCAUCUCCUUUAUCAUCCCAGCUAAAGUUAGAUCUAAGGUAAUUGGCGCUCAGGGCCGCAAUUUAAAACCAAUCAUUGAAGAGAACGAAGUCAAAAUUACCAUUGGCCACUUGGAGGACGAAAACAAGAAUGAAGGAUCGUCUGAUGACGAAGAUGAAGCCAUGGAUAUCUACUUGAAGACCGUGGCUGUAGAAAUUGUCGGUGACAUUGAAGGAACCAAGAAUGCCCAUGACCAAAUCAUGGCAAUCGUCAAGGAAGAAACCAAAAACUUAGAAGUCCGUAUUGCCGUUGACGACAAGAUCAAAGCCUUCGCCGGUAAAGCAAUUGAAAACAUCAUUGCCAGAUAUCCUGAGCUCAAUGUGUCUAUUCCACCAUUUGAUUCAGCUUUCAAGUCUAUUAUCGUUGGUGGUAAAAGGGAAGAUACUUUGGCAGCUAGAACUGAGAUCCAGCAACGUCUUCGCGACUUGGAAUCCGAAAUUGUGGAAGUUAAGGUUCCCAUUCCGCAAGUGAAGCAUCAAAUUCUUGCCUAUCGAACAGAUUUUGAAGGAAGAAAAUGUUUUGAUAAAAUUACCUGA